GGAAAUGGGACAACAGGGCUGUGCAGGUAGCAGGAAACAAAGAGUUAAGGUGCUGUAGGGAGUUUCAGUGUCACGUAGCAACCCUUCAUGCUCCAGGAGCUCAACAAGCCGCAACCCAGGGAACAGACUGUUCAUAUGGCCGAGCAGCCAUCCCUGGAACUGGCCGCAUCCACCCAGGUGACAGCUACAGAUGGGACUGAAGCCCCUCAUCCCCGAGCCACCCGCCGUGGAUCCCACCCUACAGCCCCAACCCGGGGCCUGGAGGAAGGCAAAGUGCCACAGCUGCUCUCUCGCCGCAGCUCCAUGCUCAGCACCCUGCCAGCCCCCCCAGCCAGCCGCCGCAGCUCUCUGGGGGCAGCCCCCGGGGGCAAGCGGCCCUCUGUGGGGCCCUGGCUCCUCCACAGCCGUGUGAGUUUUUCAGGGCUCCCACUUUUCCAGCCCAUUCCAGAGACCCACCUGGAAAACACCUACAGGAUGUGGCCAGAGGAAGGCUGCAGGUUUAAUGCAGGGCGGGUGCAGCGGGUGCUGGAGGGGGCCCUGGCCGGGGUGCUGGGGGACACAGCCUACAGCCCCCAGGGCAGUGCGGUGCUGGUGCAGGGCCUGGCUGAGCUGCUGCGGGGCCGGGUGAAGGAAGUGGUGCCACCCCGCUUCAAGCUGGUGUGCCACGUGCUGCUGACUCAGCGUGGCCAGCAGAGCAUGCUGGUGGCCAGCCGGGCACUCUGGGACCCUGAAAGUGAUAGCUUUGCCUCUGCUACUUUCCACAAUGCCUCACUCUUCGCUGUGGCCACAGUGCAUGGGGUUUACUUUGAGUAGAGGUCACCUCCCCAGACCUGUGCCCCCGCUGCAGCCCUUCAAGAAAUAAAUAACUUUGCACCA